CUCCCCUCCCUGGUCCCUGAUUGGCAGGCGCCUGCGAUCGAGCCGCUAGCGUCCCGAGCGCCCAGGCGAAAGCGCACGGCCCCCCGCGGGAGCCGGCGAGUAGGAGGGGGCCCCCGGCUAUAUAUUUAGCCGCUCAGCCUCUGGCCUGCCCAGCGAGCAGGGAGGUGCGCACCGCGCCGCAGAGUCCCAGCCUGGCCGCGCGUCCCUCCCACUGCUCGCCGCUCCAUGCAGCCGGGAUAGAGUCCCCUGGGGGACCCAUCGCGUGCCUUCACUUUGGCCCCCGCCUCGGCUGCGCACUCCGCCUCGGCUCGGUCCGAGCGCUCCCUUGGGCCGACACAAGCGCAGCUUGACCCGGCUUCCCGGGCGCACGGACCCCCUGACGUACGCACGGCCCGCGGGCCGGGAUGGUGGGGCCCGGGACGGUGGCUGUGGCGCUGCUCCCGGCGCUCCUGCUGGCCCUGCUGGGGCCCUGGUCCGGCCGAGGGGGCGCAGCCGCGCCCACCGCACCCAACGACACGCUGGAGGCCGAGCUGGAGCGCCGCUGGGAGAGCCUGGUGGCGCGCUCGCUGGCGCGCUUGCCGGUGGCCGCGCAGCCCAAGGAGGCGGCCGUCCAGAGCGGCGCCGGCGACUACCUGCUGGGCAUCAAGCGGCUGCGGCGUUUGUACUGCAACGUGGGCAUCGGCUUCCACCUCCAGGUGCUCCCCGACGGCCGCAUCGGCGGCGUGCACGCGGACACCGGCGACAGCCUUCUGGAACUCUCUCCAGUGGAACGCGGGGUCGUGAGCAUCUUUGGAGUGGCCAGCCGAUUCUUCGUGGCCAUGAGCAGCAAGGGCAAGCUCUACGGCUCGCCUUUCUUCACCAAAGAGUGCAAGUUCAAGGAGAUCCUUCUACCCAACAACUACAAUGCCUACGAGUCCCACACCUACCCUGGCAUGUUUAUCGCCCUGAGUAAGAAUGGGAGGACCAAGAAGGGGAACCGAGUGUCCCCCACCAUGAAGGUCACCCACUUUCUCCCCAGGCUGUGACCCUCCAGAGGAAGCCUGCCUCAGUCUCCAGAAGCCUCCAGGAGGAGCCCUUUCUUUGGAUGGAGAGUUUAAUGCAAGAGUAGGUGUAUGCUAUUUAAAUUAAUUAUUUAAAUAUGUAUAUAUUGCCAUCAAAUUAUUUAUGGUUCUGUGAGUGUGUUUCAUAUUUUUCUGAAAAAAAGGAGAAAAACAACAAAAAAAGCACCUCUUGACUUUUCUGGUGCAUCAGGGGAUAGAUCUUACCGUCAGAUUUAUUUCACUGUCAAAAAGCUGUCAUGAGCCUGCUGCUAUUAAAAUGGUGGCAUCAAAUUCUGAUGGCAUCCAGCAUCACUGUCUGGAAAGGCCUGCCUGGGUCUUUGGAAGCCAGGCUCCCUCCACCAGCAUCCUGCAGUACCCACUCCCUUUGUGCCUCCUUGCUAUGAAUCAGGACAUAUCAGUUUACUUCCUCCUAUACAGAAAGUGCGCAGUCCAAGUCCUUGCUGCCACUCCGUUUUUAGAUCUGCCACGCUGACCUUUGAACUUGGCUGUAGUCAAUCUUCCUCCAUCUACCAGAUGGGAGAGACCCUUAGACAACUUUAUAAACUCCUGUUUACCUUCUUUGGAUCAGCCACAGCCCACAUUGUGGUAGCCAUCGGGGAAAGACAAAAUGGUUUCGUAAAAUCCACGGAAAGGAACUGAUAUCCCACCGAUAUCCCACCGAGAGGCUGGAAAUGGACAAGAUGGUAUUUGCACCACAACCCAAAACCUAGUGAUGAAAUAUAAUUUGUGAUAGGAUAUUCUUCUGAUAAUGGAAUAGAAUGUAUAUUUUUUAAAAGCCAAAACAAACAAACAAACAAAAAACCCAGGCUUCCCUGUCUGUGCAUGGGGUGCUUUGGGCUAGAACUAGCUAUUGUUUUUAGGUAAAACGUCCAUGUAAUUGUACAGGACUCUGGAUGUAGCAUUCGCCUGCAGGAACAUGCUGCUUUCCCGUACGUUCCUUGCCCACUCACAUUUAACAUCUACCUCAUAAGCCUGUAAAGCCCUGGCAAAUUCUGCACCAGGAUCAGACGGGUGCAGUUUACCAUCCCAAGGGGCUUUUUUUCCAUAUGUAGCCAAAGAGGACUGCAGAAAGUGUUGGUGCGUCCCAUUCGAACCUUGUCACGUUUGAGCUAUCUUUACCCUGUGAUUUACUUUUAGUAAGGGUAAUCAUGGUGAAAAUAUUUGCAGACAGCUGUUCGAGUGCACUAUAUGGUCACCAAGUAACCUUAUAUUUUCCUUUAUAUAUUUUACAAAUGUAACCCCUGUCUUUGAAUAAAGAUGGAAGAGGCAGGGUUGGUGAGGUUUAAAAAAAGUUCCGAGGUGAUGGCAAACAUUUAAUUUUAAUGAAUGACUUUUUAGAGUUUAUACAAAAUGACCUUAGCUUGCUACCAGAAAUGCUCUGAAUGUUUCCCCAAGACUUUAAGACUCUCCUAGGAUGUUUCUGAACUGUCUCCCGAAUUAACUUUAUGGGAGUCUACAGACAGCAAGACUGGAAAAUCUGAUUGGACUUUUUGUCUUUCACAUUCCUUUUGCAAACUCUUUGUUCAAAUGCAAAUCAUCAUCGACUUAAAAUACUAUUCUUAACCAAGGCCUAUAAGAAAGAAGCCACUUCCAAGAAGACACUGAGUCAGGACCACACAUCUUAAACUGCUGCUUAUAGUCUUACGCUAUUACAAUGUAGUACAGUUUUUCUAAUUUUUAAACCAAGCCCCAGACUCCAGCGAUCAUCAAAGAUCUUUAUGGUGUUGAGCGGUGGGGGAGGGGGGAUAAUUUGUGGACUUUGUGUAUUUAAUGUAUUCGCCGAGAAACCAUGAUCAACUUGGAUGCAUCAAAUUCUUAAGAGAUAUCUCAUCUCAGAGCCCAAUCAAAUUGUCAGGAUUAACCUGCUUUAAGGGCAGGGUUCCAUCUUCCUUGGUUGCUAGUAAUUUACAUGUGUAUUUCAUCCCACAUUGUGGGGGAUGCAUCUAGGGAUGUGAUUGUACCUUUGACAUAUUGUAACUUUUUCAUGUUGCUGUGAUGGGGAUUUGAGGUUUCUGUAUCUACCACUGUUUCAGAAUCUGUCUGUAGUUUUAUACAGGUGCCAAUCCGUAAUGUGAUGUAUGUGCUAUGCACAUUGAGAUGCCCAAUACAAAGAAGCAUUUCAUCAUGUAUAAAAAGAACCCCACUGGACGUGAUGUAAAUAAUCUGGAAAGGUAUUAAAGAUGGUGAAAACAUG